UGUGCCUCUUGGAUCGUAAUCAGGGAAAGGUGUUCUGUCAUCCGCUGUGACAGUAAAUAUACCUUUUCUGGUUUACUUUCCUUACUAUACAUAUAGCGUUAUUUGCAGCUAUACAUCUAUAAAACAUGGCAUUGUCUUCAUCUCUCAUUUUUGCUCUCACGUUAUCGCUAUGGAUGCUCGCCGGAUCGGUUCUCGCCAAGGGCGAUGUGCUCGAGCUCGGAGACGGGGAUUUCGAUUAUCUGGCAUCGGAACACGAGACAAUGCUAGUAAAAUUCUACGCUCCGUGGUGUGGACACUGUAAGAAACUCGCCCCAGACUUUGAGACGGCAGCAACCCGACUGAAAGGGACUGUUCCUUUGGCCAAGGUGGACUGUACUGCCAACCCAGACACAUGUGGUCGUUUUGGGGUAACAGGAUAUCCCACACUCAAAAUCUUCCGGAACGGAGAAGAUUCCUCAAGCUACGAUGGGCCACGAACAGCAGAUGGCAUAGUGCACCACAUGAAGAAGCAGGCCGGUCCCAACUCUCUGAGCCUGCACAACCAGGCUGACCUUGAGGCCUUCAUCAACCACUUUGAUGCCAGCGUUGUUGGAUUCUUCCCAGGGUCGGAGGUCAGCCAGCUGGCCGAGUUCCUGAAGGCGGCCAGCAUGAUGAGGGAGCACUUCCGCUUCGCCCACACGUCCGACCUCAGCCUGGGAGCUCCGUACGGCGUGGCCGCCAAGGGCGUGCUUCUUUUCCGGCCCCCCAGGCUGAGCAGUAAGUUUGAGGACGGCGUGGUCCACUUCACCGACACCAUCUCCCCAGCCUCUCUUCGACGCUUCAUCAGAGACAACAUUUUUGGAAUUUGCCCGCACCUGACCAAUGAGAACAGGGACAGGAUGAAGGGGCGGGACUUGUUGACAGUGUACUACGACCUGGACUACCUACGCAACCCCAAGGGCUCCAACUAUUGGAGGAACAGGGCGAUGAAGGUGGCCUCCCAGUUCCUCUCCCAGGGUCUGAGUUUCGCCGUGGCCAAUCGGCGGGACUUUGUGGACGAGCUGGAGCAGGAAUUUGGCCUGGGGGCGUCCGACGGGGGGGACCUGCCCUUUGUGACCAUCCGGACAGCCCGCGGUCACAAGUACACCAUGAGGGAGGAGUUCACGAGGGACGGGAAGUCUCUGGAGAGGUUCCUGGAUGAGUACUUUGCCGGACGACUGAAACGCUACAUCAAGUCUGAACCCGUCCCUGAGAAGAACAAGGGACCCGUGAAGGUGGUGGUAGCUGAGUCAUUUGAGGAGACGGUGAACGCUGCAGAGAAGGACGUGCUGAUAGAGCUAUAUGCUCCCUGGUGUGGACACUGCAAAACCCUGGAGCCCAAAUACAAAGAGCUGGCGGAGCAACUCUACGAUGACCCCAAUAUUGUCAUCGCCAAGAUGGACGCUACGGCCAAUGACGUCCCUGAGGGCUUCGACAUACAAGGUUUUCCCACCAUCUACUUCUCCCCAGCCGGUAAGAAGAACCAGCCGAAACGAUACGAGGGAGCUCGCGAGGUGAAGGACUUCCUCAACUUCCUGAAGAAGGAAGCCUCGCACGCCCUCGUCGUGAGCGGAGUGAGGGAGGAGCUGUGAACAAGCAGGAACGGGACGUGAGGACUGGCCGGGGUGCAUGGCGGAGAUGUGGUUUGGGACGUCCCCCGGCGCUCACGUCGCAGGCUGUCUUACUGUAGAGUCGCAAUGGAACAUCUGACAAAACUGUUUUCAAACGAUGACACGUGGCCGACUCGACAGGAAAAGAGCCACCGGUUAUGUGGAAAAGAUUCCCACGGAACUGAAACAUAAGGACUACUUGGAGUGAAAGAGGAGGUGGAGAGAGAAAGAGAAGACCUCUGUUGAUUAAACAGACACUUGGAAGUUCCAGGACAGAGACCGGUGGGUAGGUUCUCUGGCAUGACUUGAGGACCCUGGAGCCACCAGACUCAGCUGCCUUUAAGGGUUCAUGGUGCGUGUAUAUUAGUGUUGCUCCUCUCAUUCUAAACCACAUUAUUUUGUAUAGACUCUGUUCAAGCUUCCUAUCCUGGUUCCUUUAUUGGUUGUGGCUUAAAGUCGAAUUAAUGACCUCCGAGCUACAUCAUUUUUAGAGAAACUCCGUCCCAGUUUACACACCAUCACUCCGACACUGGCAGCUAGCAUGAUAACUGAUUUCUUAUUUUGGAAUCAAGGGGCAACCUCCAAGGAUGAAAAAUGAAGUGGCUCAAAGUGCAAUACCGCCAAUGGUCGCCAGGGGCUGGCUCCAAAAAUCUCUGUCUCCCAUUCAAAUAUCACCAACUUCUCUCACUCAAAAAAGUGUCCACAAUUCAUUAUGGUGUCAUUAGCUAGAUUCCCUUAUUCUUAUCAGUGUCCUGGUGGUCCAUCUGCAUUGUUUUUGAUUAUGUAGAUAUUAGGCCUCAAAGAUCUGUAUAAUUGGGGGGUGGAUGGCUUGAUUGACAGGUAUACUAGCCAGGGGCAUGGAGGACAAAGGCCGUUAGUGAGGUGGGCGUGCAUCGUGUCCUUGGCUUUUACACCAGACUUUUGGAACGUCAGGGCCUUCACCAGAUUCUAAGAACCCCCAGACCCAGAGUUCUAGAAUCCCCGGUCCUACAUCAGUUCUAGAACCCCAUUCCAUGCACCAGUUUUUGAACCCCAGGUCAAAAGUUCUAGAACCCUGAGUAGACCGUGAGGAGCUGGGACAUGCAUAUACUAUAGUUGUGUGUUUGUUGUGUGGUACUACUUUAUUAUGCAUAUUUAUUUAUUCAGUAUGAACGAUACAAUGGAAUGAAACAAACAAAACUCUUUUGGACAUAUCGAUAAAAGCGCUGUGUUGUCUAAUAUUGUCUCUGCAUUUUGAAUAGUCUAUUUUGACAAAGCCUUAUAAUUUAUCAGUGUGAUUUUUUUGUUGUCUUGCCAGUGAAGGAGCAACCAUUACCAGUGUGUUGUUUGCUGCUGAAGCUGGGGUCUUUGUCAUUUCUCUUGGCCCUUUAUCAAUGAAACGAAGAUGUGCAGAGUUUAUAAAAAUAAAGAUACUUUUGUCUGAA